AUGUCUCCUGUUCGCCUGUUCCCUUUCUUACUCGCAUGUCUUUUUGGUGCAUCCAUUGCUCUUCAAGAUGACCAAAGGCAGCCUGAAUCUUGGUGCAUAACCUAUUUAUCAACUUAUCUGGUCUCAGUAUCAGAUGGUCACACUCGCCCAGCGGCUUCUUCUGUUGGCGAAGCCUUUUUCCCAGAGACCUCUGAAGCAGCUUUGACAUUUUCUACAGAUCAAGCUAUCCCCUCAACUUUCCCUGUUCAUGAUGAUCUAGUUAUUAGCACUUCGGCCCCCAGUCCAACUACUGGAAUUUUAGUCCCCGAUGCCAAUGGUCGAUCAGUGAUAUUCCGCAUCAUUCCGGAAUUGCAGGACACCAAACGAGAUCUCCAGGUCAGGGCAGUUGGCGGUUUCGUUGGUAGCCAGUCAGAGAUCUGUGCUGCUGCCGCUAUCUUCAACCUUGUGCAAGGUCGUUUGCUGGAUGGUACCUGGCCCAUAUACUACAACGGUGAGGGUUUCAAGGAGCUACGUGGCCAGCCAGGAGCGUUACCUCGAGAUGCUGUUGCUGAAACCUUUGUUGAUGAAGAUGGAUUCCUCCAGUUUUUCAGCUCAGUCCUACCAAAUGGUGAGGCAGGCUUCUGUCAAGAAGCUGAGAGCGGCCAAGUCUAUAUCACUUUCACUGCAUCGCCCCCAAGUUGCCAAUCUAUAAGACUUUCUAUUAUUGGAGUUGACGAAUGCCGAGACGGCGAUAUAACCUCAACCCCUUCUUCUAGACCUGCCAGUGUACCUCCGCUAGCAGAAUCUACAUCAGCACUGCUCGGAACGACAUCUCCCUUCAACGCAGCAGCUUCUGUGACCACAAAGGCGAUCCAGAAGGGUUCUUCCGCUAUAGAUGUCCCAACUUUCACUCCUCCUUUCCAAGACACUUCUCAGGUCAAACCUGUGUAUACUAGCUCUGUUCGAUUUUAUAACAGCUCUUCGUCUGUUAUAUUCCCGACACACCCUGCUCUUACUCAAACAUCUUCUAUAUUGGAAAUUUCAACUCCUGUCACAGAUUUCCCACUUACAUCUCGGCUGAGCUCCUGGGCCUCAAAUCUGGAGAACCUGCCCACAGAUGCACUAUCCACGAAUGACUUGGGAACGUCGAAAGAGCCACCUUCUACCUUUGAGCCUACUACAACUGCCACGCCAGCUACCACGAAUGCUAAAAAUACAAUUGGCACUAGCUCUGGUAUUGACUCUACGCCCAGCUCUGUUGUUAAUUCUUCUACCACGUCUGGGCGAUCAUACAGUUUCGAGACUGAUACUAGCACACUAUCAGAUCUGUCAGUGGAUGCUAGUUCAUCUUUUGACUCGAGCCCAACGAGUCUUUCAACGGCUGAUACCAGACUUUCCACCACGACAGCUGUCGAUACCACAACUUCACAUACUUCAACCACUACAAGCUCUGAAGCGACGGGCACACGUGCGUGUCCAGAGGGCCUGUCUGAACCACUGACAUUAUUCGAUGGCCAGAGGCCAUCUGACAAUGGCGUCGAAUGGCUCGUGCUCCCUUUUCUGAUAACGAUCUACGGUCAGGCUAGUGAUAUGCUCUAUAUCAGCCCCAACGGGCUUGUUACACUGGGAGACUCCUUCGGGGCCGAUUCGUUCUCCAAUGUGGCCUUACCAGCUGAAAAUGUUGGGCCACUGGCUAUUUUUCCUUACUGGAUUGACAUGAUAGUUCCCGAAGGUUCAGGGGCUGAGGUCACAUACCAGAUUGAGGAUAUUCCCAACCAGCCAGGGGUGUUGACCAUAGAUUGGUGUGUUUUCUCUACAUCAGAUGGAACUGAGCCAAACCACUUUCAACUGGUAGUUUCAGAGGAUCAGCUGACCCCAUUCACCUUCUUCUACUAUACUAUCAAUCCUGGGGGAAGUUAUGCUACUAUCGGGGCCCAAAAUCGUGGCUCGGAUCAGUUUUUGCAGUAUUACGGCCCCAUCCCAGAUAGAACGUUCAUGGAAGUCAGCACGUUUGGUGAUGAGGAAAUACGUAUUGGUCAGUUCUGA